AUGCUCCGCCGAAGAACCGGCGGCGGCGCGCAGUUCAAGCCGUUCGUGCUGCCGGUAAAGACCACGUCUGUGCAUCCUCAUGCACACCACGACACAGAAACGAAUGGAGACGAUGCAAGUAAAACAGGUACCCGCGAGGCGCUGAGUAGCCGCAGCUCGUCGCUGUCCGUCAAGCGGCUUCCGUUUCUGUCGUUUCUAGUGAUGGAGCCCGAGCGACGUGCGCAACAGGUGCGAUGUCCGUUCAAAUCUCCAUGUGGAAAUGACAGUAUAUCGCAGGAGAGUCGUCGCCUACUGCAUGUCAAGACGCUGGGAAUGCGACGUCGCUGGGGCCCUGCUGUUUUUAAGCCAAUGGCGCGUCACGAUUUGCCGCCCGUGGAAGUAGAAGUAGACGCAAUCGAGACGCCUGUUGAAGAGGAGCUACAGGUGUGUGCAAUCGAGGAACCUGGUGACGCUGCUGCUAAGGUAUCUGAUGCUCCGCCACCACUGGUGUUGUGGCAGAGCGAGACUGACCCAGAGAUGAAAGUGGUGGUACCUGAGAUUGUGGGCAAGUUCCUACGUCCCCAUCAGCGGGAGGGUGUGCAGUUCAUGUUUGAUUGUGUGUGCCAAAUCAAGGGGUUUGACGGUCAAGGUUGUAUCCUGGCUGACGACAUGGGUUUAGGCAAAACACUACAGAGCAUCGCGUUGAUGUAUACGCUGUUGACGACGGGCAUGACCAUGCAGCCGACGCUGAGCCGAGCAAUUGUAGUGUGCCCAACAUCUCUGGUGAAGAACUGGGACGACGAGAUUGUCAAGUGGCUGCAUGGGCGCGUAAAAACUGUGGCUCUGUAUGAAGCGAAGCGUGAAACAGUGAUCAAAGGUAUCAGUCAAUUUAUCGAAGGAAGCAAGAGGCCGCGACCCGGGUUCUCAGCACAGGUGCUUAUCAUUUCAUACGAGACGUUCCGGAUGCACGCUCAGAAGUUUGCAGAUACGCCAGCCUGUUGCGGGCUGCUGAUUUGCGAUGAAGCUCAUCGACUGAAGAACGCUAAUUCUCAGAUCAACAAAGCGUUGUCUUCGUUAUCAUGCCGCAGGCGGGUGCUUCUUUCCGGCACGCCAAUGCAAAAUGAUUUGGAAGAGUUUUUUGCGAUGGUAGAUUUCACGAACCCCAACAUAUUGGGCACACCAAGUGAGUUUCGAAAGAAUUAUCUAGGGCCGAUCUUAGUUGGACGGGAACCGGAUUCUACGGAUCGUGAGCGAGGAGUGGCGCAGUCUUGCUCUGCAAUGCUAUGUGAAAUUGUCAAUCAGUUUAUUCUACGUCGAGGCAAUAUUCUGAACGCAAAACAUCUGCCGCCGAAGCUAAUGCAGGUAAUUUGCUGCCCGCUCUCGCCGUUGCAGGAACAGCUUUAUACGCACUUUCUGUCCUCAAGUGCAUGUCGUGAUAUGAUGAAGCGCCAGAGUGUCAAUGUCUUGUCAUCGAUUACCGCGUUGAAAAAGUUGUGCAACCACCCUUUGCUGAUCUUUGACGAAAUGGGAAAGACUAAUACUAAGCUUCCUGGAUUCGGCAACUGUGCGCAAUACUUCGCGGCAGCAAAGGAAUCUAUAAAUAAUGGAGGAGAUAAUGGUCGACAUCGCCGGGGAGGCUUUGGAAGUCGCACGUGCUAUCCAGAGUGGUCUGGGAAGAUGCUUCUGCUUGAUCGUUUGAUGUCUUCGAUGAGGAAGACAACGACGGACCGUAUCGUGAUUGUGUCGAACUACACGCAGACGUUGGAUGUUGUAUCGACCCUUUGCCAGGAGCGUCACUUGCCGUUUGUUCGUUUGGACGGAAGUACCUCUGCUAAAAAGCGAAAGAAACUAGUUGACACAUUUAAUGACCCGUCCACCAAUUCGUUUGCGUUUCUGCUGUCAAGCAAAGCCGGCGGAUGUGGGUUGAAUUUGAUCGGCGCGAAUCGUUUGGUUCUUUUUGAUCCGGAUUGGAAUCCUGCAACCGACAAGCAAGCCGCAGCUCGUGUGUGGCGCGAAGGGCAGAAAAAGAUGUGUUACGUGUACCGAUUCUUGGCGACAGGUACACUCGAGGAGAAGAUUUUCCAACGGCAGCUUUCGAAAGAGGGUCUUCAGAAUAUCGUCGAUGACAAAGAGGAGGUCAAUUCGCUCUCAUCGAAGGAUCUUAAGCGAUUAUUUGUGUUCCGCAAAGACACUAUGUCUGAUACCCAUGAUCAGUUAAGAUGUGAUCGCUGCCAAUGGCGUGAUGCCGACAAUGAUGGUGUUCAGGGCACUUCAUCUGUAGUAACUAUUGUUGAUGACAACGAUGAGAGCGAAAAGGCGGAUGAAAGCGAAGCUGCACCGGAAAAAGACUCGACGGGUGAUGAAGACAAUUCGAACGACAUAGUCAAGGGCUAUCAUGCGCAAAUUGGCAUGCCGCCAGAAGAGGACCUGAACAGUUGGGGUCACCACCGUUCGUAUGCUUCGGUCGACGAUGAAGUGAUGCAAGCGGCUCUUCAGCAAGUGCGAGACGACUUGGUGAGUUUUGCUUUCAGCUGCCGCAUUGACUGGGAGUUGCUUCAGGAGCACCAAGCCGAGAAUGGAGAAAAGGAAAUGCUACGUGACGAGGAGCGCAAGCGUAAGCGCUUGGAAAUUAUCGAAGCCACGAACAACGAGUCUGCGAAGGAAAAAAACAGGCUCAUGCGCUCUACGCCAAAGAAAAAGUCGAUUAUCGAUGAAUCGGACGGAUCGGAAAGCGAGUACUCAAGCCACGGCGAGGAAGGUGGAGAAGACGACGAAGUCCUAGGCGAGAGUGAAUCGGGAAGCGAAGAUGAAGGCGCGUAUGUUGUAGCCCCUAGACGAAGCUCUUCGAGAAUGGAAGUCGACAUUCCGUGUACGUCAAAACCAAGACCGCAUCAGCGUGCAGCGCUGACUACGUCACUAGAUGCAUCGUCUCACCCGGCCCCCGUCCAAUCUGUGCAUCCAGAGCUGAAGAGAAAAGUGUCAGUUGCAUCCGAGGUGGAUGCAGGCCCACGGUCCCCAAAGAAACUGAAAGUAUGUGAAUUCUCGGACUCCGCUGACGAGGAUGCUUUCGUCGAAGAUGUCCUGCAAGACCGGCGCUCAGUGCGUCGUCGGGCCGCACAUACGCUGGACGAGUACAAAGAAAGUGGCGUUCAGUCUGCGUGGAGCUGUUCGCGGUGCACGUUGAUUAACCCAGCAAGCAGCCUCAACUGCUCAAGCUGUGGCCUUCGCUAUCGGCGGUCUCGUCCUCAGAUAAUUGACCUGGGCGACGAGAAUGAUGAAGAGUAA